AUGGAGGCCUUCAAUAAGAUCAAAGGUCAAAGAGUCCCAGAGAUUUUUAUAGUAGCCUUCGGUAUUUAUUUUACACAUCUCUAUUUCAGUAUAGUUCAAGAAAAGAUGUAAUCUCUAUAUAGUUACAAUGAUCCUGGCCGAGAAAAAUUUAAUUAUGCUGAAUUUGUAGUAUUGAUCCAAUGCACUACUGGAUUUUUUGUUUCUAUUAUUUGUAAAUCUCAUGUAGGUGAAACUCUUGGGAUAUCUUUUACAGAGCAAAAGUCAAUAAUUCAAGCUGACACUAAAUCUUGACAUUUUUUCAAGCUAAAAUUCACUCAUUCAUUAGUAUCAACCCUUGCAAAAAUUUUUACAAAUACCUCACUUAUUUAUAUUAGUUAUCCUACCCAAGCCCUAGCAAAAUCGUGCAAAAUUCUUCCUGUUAUGAUCGGAAGUUUAUUUGUAAAAGAAGUGAAAUACGAAAAAAAUGAAUAUUUCAGCGUUGCUAUCAUUACAAUUGGUGUCUUUCUCUUUAAUAUGCUUAACCCAAAAGAAGGCACAACUGAUACAAUUAUUGGGCUAAUUUUUAUAUUUUUAUCUUUGCUGAUGGAUGGGUUGAAUGGCUUUUGUGCAGAAAAAGUAAAACAUGAGUAUAAGCCUUCAUCAUUAGAAAUGAUGAGAUAUGUGAAUUUUUGGAGCAUUCUGAUAACUAUUGUGGUCUUAGGAUUCUCUAGUAUUGGAUACACAAAUAAAAAUGGUUACUUAUCCGACCCAUUCUUCUGGGCCUGGACCUGGAACUUUGUGUCCAGGGGUGAUUUUUUCUCACUAAGGCAGGUUUUUAUACCCGAUAUCAUAGACAAGGAAACUAAAGUUCAUAGGACAAUUUCAUGUAUCUGGAUGCGAAUGGCAAUGGGGAGAGAAGGAGAAUUCGGGGGUCGUAUCCGACUUCCUGUCCCCGGGAAUCAUGCCGACCGCUAGGAGUUGUCCAAUAAAAUACUUGGGUGUGUCUCCCCGAGGGAUGGCGACGGCACCAUUUUUUGGAGAUGUCGACAGAAAGGGCCUUAGUGCAAACCGAUGCUUAGGAGGAGGAGGAGUCUGAAGCCGGCAAAGGCAGAGAGGAACCCCUAAGACCCAUUCUAAUCUAAUCUAGUAUUGGGGAUGAAAUUUCUUUAUUUGCUUAUAUAGAAAAAUACCCAUCAAUCAUUUUUGAUAUUUUAUUGUUUUCUUUAUUGUCGGCAAUCGGGCAAGUGUUCUCAUUCAGGGCGAUAAAGGUUUUCGGAGUUUUGACAUUGCAUGUAAUUACUUUAACAAGAAAAAAUCUGACAGUUUUAUUAUCAAUUAUGAUGUUUAAUCACAUCCUUAACGGAUACCAAUGGAUCAGCUUAAGCUUAGUUUUUAUAGGGACUGGGAUUAUUUUUUAUGACAAUAUAAGAGAUGAGGGCAAAAAUAAAAAGUUUGAUAAGGAAAUAAAAGCAAUGGUUUAA